GUUGGCCGAAGUGUCGGUAAUUAUGGGCGUAGGGCUACACUUCAUAACAUCCGGUAUAUGGACUCAGCUGUAGGUGCCAUCAAUCGAGGCAUCGCUUACAUCCCAUAUAUACCUAAAUCGACAGACGAGUCAAACGAUUCAAACAAUACUAAAACCAAAACUCAUCUCAAAACUAAUCCCAACACUAAUACUAAUUCUAAUACUAAUCCCAAAACUAUACCCAAAACCGAAGACAAGAAUAAGCCAGGAAUCGCCAAAAGUCCUGCCUUUUGGUACAGAAACUCAGCCUCAAGAGGGGCGCCGUUUAUCCUGCGCACGGAUCCGACACCACCACAAACGGCCACCUCUUCGCCCCCGGAAACACCACUUCCGGAUGACGUACUGGAGAUCGACGACGAGUUCAACCUUCCAAUCACUCUAGCCAUCAGUAUAUUAUUCAUAUACUUACUGAUCGGUGCCGUCAUAUUCUGGUCGUCCGAGAAGUGGUCUCUUUUGCACGCCUUCUACUUCGUGUUCAUAUCGAUGUCCACAAUAGGGUUCGGGGAUUACGUGCCCUCCAACCAGCCGGUGCUGUUGGCGGCGUUC